CAAUAAGAGCCGCCCUCAUUCUUCCUCACACAUAAAACGUGAGAGCAGUGGGUGUGUCAAGAAAAUCCGUGUGUGAAAAGGAGGGAGCUAUGAAGGGGAGUUUCUCUGCAGAGACGCGAGUGGGGAGGGAAGGGGUGACAGUGACUCUCGACGAUUUGAAGGAGAAAAUGGCAAAUUUUGCAGAAGAAAGAGAUUGGGAUCAGUUCCACAGCCCCAGAAAUCUACUUUUAGCCCUGGUGGGUGAAGUGGGAGAGUUGUCUGAGAUUUUCCAGUGGAAAGGUGAGGUCCCAAGAGGCCUCCCUGAUUGGCAAGAACAAGAGAAGCUGCACUUGGGUGAGGAGCUUUCUGAUGUUUUGCUUUACCUUAUUAGGUUGUCUGAUGUUUGUGGUAUUGAUCUUGGGAAAGCUGCUCUUAGAAAGCUGGAACUCAAUGCCCAAAAAUACCCAGUUCACCUUUGCAAGGGCUCGUCUCAAAAGUAUUAUCAGAUUCAUAACAGCAAGGAUGAUGUACCUCAGAACGGUGUCUAGAUAUUGUUCAUGAAAAUGUUCUUUGAAAGGCUUUCUCCUUUGUUGUAAUUGGCUGUUGUGUUUUUGUUGGAUAUUGAUUUCAAGUGAUAGUUGAGGUGGUUGGCUUUUGGGGGCUACCUCACUUUUAUAUCUUGUCAUGCCUCUUUGUUCCUUUGGUUCUAUGGCAAUUACUAUUCAAGAAAUCAUUGGUUGGAAU